AACCAUCAGAUGGGACUGGUGGCGCUUUCCAUUACUGUUACCGUAGAAACCACAACACAAACCAUGCGUAACAACGUGCCGCGGGUCAAACAGCUGUGGCUUAAUUAAACAUAUGUUAAGUAACCUGGCUUCAAGUAUUAAAACCAGAAUGGCUCAUGUGAAAAAGUAUCGAGCAAAUGUGAAAACCGGAAACUGGAACGAGGACCUGCGCUUAGAAGAGGAUGCAAUAAAAGAGUACCUGGAGAAAAAAGAGAGGGGCGAGCUUGCUGCCCAGAAAGUAGACUUCCUCAAACAGAACAUCUUGAGCCCGGUGAAGCUCUCUGUGACAACGGACGGCAGAUUGCACUUUGGGGAUGUUGUGAUGUUGGUGAACACAGGAGGUGAAAACAGAGAGUGCAGCACAGUCAGCAUUAAUGCAGACACUGCCAGUUUGACAAAGAUUCCCUCACCUGGAAUUCAGGCCCCAUGUGGAAUCAGUGCGGGAAGAGAUAUCCAGCCCUGCACACGCACUGCCUUCAUUAUUACCAGUGUGGAUGGCAGUCCUGAAGGAUCCAAUCUGCUGUUUGAUCAAAGUUUUGCUCUUAAAACAACAAGUGGCUUUGCCAGGGGAGUUUAUUUGACGAGUGACCUGCAAAGUUUUCAAAAGUGUGCAAAGAAGUCCCGUCUCCAGGAAGUGAACUUGGUUGACGACUGCUCUUUUCUGUCAUGGUGGAAAAUAGUGCACUUUGACCCCCAAGAGAGGCUCGAAAAUGAGGGUCAGCCUGUUCCUGCUAAUGUGAAGGUGCUGGUCGUACACUGCAAGACAAACCAGGCUCUUGCUGUUCUGGGCGAUCAUGUCCUUUGGACCGCAUAUGGCAAAGAAUAUGAGGUGACGGCUCACACCUUCUUAGACUCCCACAGAGCUGAACAGGACAACAACCACUGGAUACUGUGCACCUCUGACCCUGCAGGGGUCGGGCUUGUAUUUCUCAACCACCCGGUGUCAGUAACUAACAACAAGGAGCUCACACAGGCAAAUCCAGAAUGAAUCUAAAACACAAUCCACCCUCAUGCUGUAACACAAAUAGACCAGACAGAUAGCACAGCAUUAAGAACACCUUAAGGUAUAAAAUAAAGGUAGUUGUUUUUUUGGCUUUU